AGUCAACAAAUAAACUUGAUGAAGUGGAAGAAAUGAAAGUACAAUAAUGUUUCUUGUAGUAGCAGUAGUGGUAAUUUUGGACCACCAGAGGUUGCUGUGGUAGCAUUGUGUCGUUGUUCUCGACAUUCGACGCCAUCUUUACUUCCUUCAGUCCAGCUGGUUGACAUGGUGGAUUUCGUGUGUGUGUUUUUAUUUUGGAGUAGCAGGUAGGAAACUGACAGCUGACUAACAUGGGGAGAAAGAAGAAAAAGCAAAUGAAGCCUUGGUGCUGGUACUGUAACAGAGACUUUGACGAUGAAAAGAUUCUCAUCCAGCAUCAGAAGGCCAAACAUUUCAAGUGUCACAUCUGUCAUAAAAAACUGUACACUGGCCCCGGGCUUGCAAUCCACUGCAUGCAGGUGCAUAAAGAGACCAUUGAUGGAGUUCCUAAUGCAAUACCUGGACGGACAGAUAUAGAGUUGGAAAUAUACGGCAUGGAGGGUAUUCCAGAAAAAGACAUGGAGGAGAGGAGACGAGUGUUAGAACAAAAGAAUCAAGACACUCAGAAGAAAAAGACGAACCAGGAUGACUCUGAUGAGUACGAUGAAGAUGACGAGCCUGGUCCUUCCUUCCAGCCGCCUGCUACAGUUCAGCCACAGGCAAGCUUCAUCCCCCCGAUGACCCAACCUGGCAUGCUCCCUGGCUCAGGUGCACCAGGGAUACCACCGGGCAGUUACUCAGGAAUCCCCCCCAUGAUGCCAGGUGUCCCUCCUAUGAUGCCAGGAAUGCCCCCCGUACUGCCAGGAAUGCCUCCUGGGAUGAUACCAAUGGGUGGGAUGAUGCCUCCAGGUCCAGGGAUACCUUCAAUGAUACCAGGCAUGCCACCAGGCAUGCCUCCUCCUGUAGCCCACCGUACAAGCCUCACACACAUGGCUCAGGUCGCCCCUGCUGCAAACAUGCUGACCAGACCUUCUCUUCCUGCUGCCUCUCCCCCCUCAGCCCAGCCGGAUGUCACAAAGCCUCUUUUCCCCAUUGCUGGUCAGCAUACACUAUCAGGGUCCCCCCCCCCUCCCCCAUCGACCUCCUCUGACUCCUCAAUGCCCACAUUCCCGGCCUACACUCAGGCCACCGUAGCUGUGUCCAGCCCAAACGCCGGCAGCAGUACCGUCUCCAAACCUCCCUCCACUGUGACCAGUAAGCCCGCCACCCUCACCACCUCCAGUGCAACCAGUAAGUUGAUCCACCCUGAUGAGGAUAUCUCACUGGAAGAGUUGCGAGCUCAGCUGCCAAGGUAUCAGCGCAAUAUUCCCCGCCAAGGCCAGACUACUGCUGCCCCAUCAGUGGGUCCUGUGGGUGGCAUGAUGUCUCCCCAGCAGCCCAGCAUGAGGCAACCUGUACCUGGCCAGUAUGGCGGUCCACCUCAGGGAAUGCCAGGCUACAUACCAGGAGGAAUGCCUCCAUAUGGACAGGCCCCUCCUGUGGGUCCCCCAGGGUACCAGGGAGCUCCUCCACGCCCCCCCAUAGGUAUGAGGCCUCCCGUCAUGUCUCCAGAAGGCCGCUACUGAAGCCCACCUCCCUCUCUUCAAUAGGUUUGGACGCUCAACCCUUUUCUAAUGUCCUCAGCUGCUAGUAGAAAACUCAGCAAAGGUGUUCUUGCACCACAAUGACUAUUUACUACACAGCUAUGAGGACUCUGAAUACACAGCAAACAAAAGAGCUAUAACAGCAUCACAGAGGGCAUGGGAAAUAUUUACUCUGUACUUAACCAAGACGAUAACUGUUGUUUCAAACCCUCUCUGUUCUGUGGCUUCUUUUCUCAUGUUUCAUUUAGGUGUGUAGAAGUGUAGUAGAUUUGGUUCGUAGUGUUGUGAAGGCGCUGGACUUACAUGGGCAGUAUCCUCCCUUUAUCAAGGCAAGUUUUCUGUAAAUACUCUUCUGUUCUUAGAUAAAACAGUGAGGCCUUCACAGCACGCAGUGCUGUUGGACUUUGUGUCCCCAACUUUGUUUGGUGAGGGCUUCAUAUUCCUGUUUAUGUUUUCACUCUGUUUAAUGUCAUAAUGAGGUAACCCGUUUAAAAAGAGGAGGAUCUAAGUGAAAUGGUAAAUGUAUGUUGUAAACCUGUAUUGUAAUAAAAUGUGGUAAAAAUGUAAGACUCUUCUUUGGGACGUUUGUGGGACUUCACAGCAGGUUUGUACUCCAGUGAUAGACUGCAGGUUGAUUGUAAUGUUGCCGUCUUAAAGAUGAAUGGUAUUGACAAAUGUGCAUCUGUGCUUUCAACUUGUAAUCAACUGUAUUGUAUUAAAUGUCUUCUUUUGACAGUAAAUUGAUGCUUUGUACGUGGCAGACUAGCCUGUGACACACUGAGUGUACUGUACAGCUGACUAACUUCUGGCUCGCUGAUGGCUGUAGUGCUAAAACUCAGAUUUCUCUCUCCCUGUAGCGAUGCCAUGGGGGACUGGCUGAGGCCGUGUCUCAGUGUAGCCCUGUUCAGCCUGAGGCAAGUCUCACUGUUUUCUGUCUCUCAUUCAUUACCAGGGGCCCUCACAGCAAGCACGCUGUUGGAUCUCAAUGUCCCCAAACUUGCAGCAAGUUUGGUGAAGGCCCUUGUUUGUGUUGUUGCAUUUAGGUACCAUUGUUCAGGCAUGUUAGCUCAUGUGAAUUGAUUGGUAAUGUUAAACUGCUACGUGUCACCUGACCUGUCUUUUUUGGUAAGAGCAUCAGGAAUGUCUGUUUUCCUUUAGUAACUUCUCACAGAGAGUACAGAGUUAUUACAUGAAAACACUCGUUUCCUUCUAUACAAAUAGUCCUACAGUGUUAAAUAUUGAUGGCAGUCAUUUGUUUGGAGCUCAGCAUACAGACAUAAUCACCUACAGCCAUACAGUCUGUAAAUGUAACAUGUGUUUGGGGUUUUCUGAUGAACACUUUGCUUUUCGUAUGCUUCAUAUACAUACAGCUUUACCACUCAAUCCUGUUUGUUUUAUCAGCUCCCCUCACUUGAUCAUUUGAGUUUUACUUCUUACAUGAAGGAGAAUCUCUGCCAGUAACAGGUCAGUUAAAGCUGUAAGUACCUCUGCCUUCGUUUUAAUUUCAGAACUUUGUUUGGUUUUCACAAGUUAUGAACCUUGUGUGUUUGACCUGCACAUAAAACUUGCCUUCAGUUCUUCAACAUUUUACAAUCAUGAUCUUAAAGAAGAUGACAAAACAAUAGAUGAUGAUUAUUUCUAGUAGAAGUUUUAACUAACAUGAUCAGCAUCUCAAUAAAGUUUCAGUUACAAAGUUGAUGCUCAGCUUGGGUAAUAGAGGCAGAGUCUUCUCUGCUUCGAAGGUUUGCAAGAAAUCCAGUUCCGCUUAAAAGUCAAGUCAAAUCUUCAGUUUCAUCAUUAAUAUUGAUUUUACAAUCGGUCUCCCAAAAAAAUGAUUUUAUUUGUUACAUCUGAACCAAAUGUGGAUGUUUGUUUUUCCUUUAAUAAACCACUUUAUUGAACCUUGA